AUGGGACGUGAUCGAGGUGAUUUAUCAGAAAAAGAAUUUAACAAAACUAUUAAUACCCUCAACAAUUUGAAAAUUAAAGUAAAAGGAUUGAUUAGUCAAUAUUUAAGACUUGAAAAAAGAAACAAAUUUUUAAAAACUGAACAUGGACUUUUAAAAACUGAAAAUGAAAGGCUAUUUAGCGAAAAUAAAAAUUUACAAAUUGAAAAGGAACAAUAUAAAGCAGCUGUUAAACAUUCAGUUGAAGUAGCUACUAGAAGUGAAAAUGUAUAUAAGAAUGAAAUUCAUAAUUAUAAAGAAGCGAUUCAAGAUAUCUAUGAUCAAAUUGAUAACUUAGCAACUAAUAAAUUGCCUGCUGUAAUUUGUUAUUCAAAUUUCGAAGAAGCAAAUGAUCAUUCUGAACCAAGAAUACAUGAAAUUGACGAUACUGAAAAUAUCAUUAAUUCAGAACCUUCAUUUUAUCGCUCAUAUUCAUUUUACGAUCAAUCUACUUCUGAAAAUUAUUAUCAAGAAUCAACUUCUAAAAGUAAUAUUAUCGAAGAAUCUCUGAAUAACAAUUUAUAA